CAUUCUCGUGCAGUGGAAACUCGGAGAACCACUUUCAAUAACAAGCAAAAACACAGUGGUGAUUGUGAACGCAGCCUGGAUUACGCUGCGCGUGUCGCGGGAAAUGAUAAAUCCGUUUGAAAUACUACUGCAAGUACACUAGUGCAACAGAGGAUAGGACUGCAAUGGAAAGCUUCUUGAUUCCGGGACAGAAGAAACGCUCCUGUACCAGUGAUGCCCUCACAAGAAGUCCAAGGAAGAAGAUUAAACUGGAGAAAGAUGAGAGGAUGAAGGAAGAGAAGGAUGAAGUAGAUGAAGAUUCAGCUUUAGCAGAGUUCUCUCUUCCUGUUCCCUGGCAAAAAAUAGAGGCAGAGGGACUAGACUGUGAUUAUGCCUUACUCUUCGCCAAAGAAGAAGCAGACCGACUCUUUAAACAGUUGGAGAAUGAGGUGGUGUACUCAACAGGAGAAGAAGCAAAGGUCCAGGUGUUUGGAAAGGUGUACAGUAUACCAAGAAAGCAGGCGACAUACGGAGAUGCAGGUCUAACCUACACUUAUUCUGGGGUGACACGUUCAGCCUGCCCGUGGACUCCAACCUUGGAAUCCAUUCGAGAUGCUGUCACAAAAACCACAGGACAGACGUUCAACUUUGUCUUGGUCAACAGGUACAAAGAUGGGCAGGAUCACAUGGGUGAGCAUCGUGAUGAUGAAAAGGAGCUAGAUCCCCUCUGUCCCAUCGCUUCUGUCUCUCUGGGAGCAGCACGAGACUUCAUCUUCAGGCACAGAGAUGCUCGGGGAAAACAGAGCUGCAGACAGAUUGAACCUGUGAAACUGGAACUCGCUCAUGGGAGCCUGCUCCUCAUGAACCCACCGACCAACACUUUUUGGUACCACAGCCUUCCUGUGCGCAAGAAAGUCCUACUGCCUCGCAUCAACCUCACUUUUAGACGCAUCGUACUGGCCAGCAAGAAAUGAGAGGUAGCCACGGCCAAGCAUGGAUUAUCCACAGGGGUAAAAAGUCCCUGAGCACAUGGACAAGAAUCACAAAUCUGAAAUGUGUUUCUUAAUGUAGCAGCUGGAUCUGAGCGACUAAAUGGCAGAACAGGGUGAAAUAAGUGAGGACCAGCAACUCUAGAGAAUGAAUCCGUGGUUUAACAUGAGAUAGGCCCAAAGCUCUGACUGACUCAGCUCUAACUUUAUCAGGUUAUGUUCUGUAUGGCAGCUCAGGUGAACAAUAAAAUAAACUAUUAUGAACAAUUCGAUCGUCUUGAAAAAAAUUACAGGCUCUCAAUGAGUGCAGAUCAUAUAGGCUACAUUGAGCCAGAAUGCAAUGUUGCAUGUACUUUGAUGGAGCAAAGAAGCAAUGGGGCACUGAGUCCUGAUUGCAGAUGAGGCCUUUAACAGUGUUCAUGUGUUGGAAGGAAAGACGUGUACUGUUGUAAAAAUGUUACUUGUUUGAAUUACAGCCAAUGGAUUAUGUGAUUAGCUGAACUGCAGCUUGAUAUUCGUCAGUCUCAGCUGUGGAUUACUAUAAUUACUAUUUAACUCGAGGUCAAUUUAACCCCGUCUCAGGGUCUUUACAAGCCGAUGGGGUUUGUAAACUCCAUCUAAAUAAACUUUGUCAGUCUCUGCCUUUGGCACCAAA